UACAAGUCAUCUCACACGGGGAGACAGUAGAACCUUGUCCAAGCUUGUAAACUUACUCUCUAUAGCUUAUCAUAUCGUGUUGCUGAGCUCAGACCUCGUAAGGUAGGAACAUCUACAGAUGGAUGUGGAGCCGAUGCGUCGUCCGGGUUAUCAUCCUGGCGAUCUUACCGACACUGUGGCACACCUACCAAGCUAUAAAGAGGAUGUUUGUAUUCCUGGUGAAAGCACGACAAGCCUUCCCUAGUGACCAUGAGAAUAAAUACUAGUCUGCUAUGGAGUCUGUUGUGGACAUAUGUCGCCAUCCCACUGGCCAGCUGUGACAAGCUCUAUCCUGCCGCUAUCGCUCUCGGUGCGGCGACUCAACACAACACAUGCUCAUUUGCGGCUUUCACUCUCAACUCAAGUAGCCCUGUAGCGACACUGGACUAUGGCUUCGAGGUUGCUGGUUACCCGUUCUUCCAGGUUGCCGGCUUCAAAGGACCGGUGCAGAUUGAGACAAGAUACUCAGAAGAUCUAGGAGAGAUCGAUCUUCCAUAUUCUGAUGGUCCGUUCCCGUUCGGUGAAGGCCUCUCAAACACAUACAGAAUUGAGACACUCGAAAUCACAUCGAAAGGUCAACUCAACUCAUACCUCGCGCAAGGUGGCCAACGCUGGCAAACAAUUCGUUUGCUCACAUCCGGAUAUGUGACGUUUGCCAGUGUCGGAUUCACGGCGACCAUCAAUCCAGUCGAUGCUAAUAAAUUGCCUGGUCGCUUCCAGUCAUCGAAUCCUCUCUACAAUGAAAUUUGGAGACUUGGAGCUAGAGCUGCCACUGCUUCUUGCUUCGAUGCGGGUGCUUACAAGUCGAAGUGGGAUGUCAGCAAAAUUGAUGGUGCAUUCGUUCGGGGUUCCCGUCCGAGUAUCUCCGUCAAGGGGAAUGAUUUCUCUAACUACAACUUGACUUUCUCUGCCAAGAUCAAGCGUGGUGGACUAGGUUGGGCUUUGGCUUAUGCUGUGAAUAGUAGAAGUGGUGGCAUCCAGCUCAACCUUGUUGGGGACUACCCCGACAAUUCUACGUUCGCUAACGUCAAUCGAACCCUUCUCCCAGCCAACAGUGUCGUCCUUGGCUAUGGAUUCAGUCUUGUGAACCAGACCACGGUCGACUCAUACUACCUUGACAGUUUUAAGGUGCCCUUUGACGUCAGAGAAGGCCAGUGGUACUCAAUCUCAGCUCUCAUGCAUGAAGGCAACUACCUGGCUGUUCUGAUUGACGGCACGAAGAUAUUCAACAUUACGCUCAACGACUACUACACUGCGAGCUCAGGUGCCGUCACCACCGGCUCAUUCGGAUUCGGCGGCUGGCAAGAUCAAUCUGCAUACUUCAAAGAUGUCGAAGUGGUAUCAAGCAACGGUACAACGAUCUACACCAAUCCCAUGAUCGAUCCUGUGACUGUACUGACAGAGUAUGGCGUUCGAUACAACACACACCCUGUUUGUCUUGAUGGCGCCAAACGAGACCGCCUUGUCUGGUUGGGUGACUUCUAUCACACAGCGGGAAUCAUUGCGACAUCUACUUCUCGCAAAGAUCACUCUGCUGGUACUCUCCAGGAUUUCCUUGACUGGCAGUUGUCUACAGGUCAGCUUCCGCUCUAUACUGCUUUAGGCUACAAUGGAUCUGCAUCUUUACAGUUCGCUUCCACUGGGCCUGAAGGGCAGUUCUAUGCCUUGCAAGAUUAUCACAUCUUGGGACUGCUCUCUUUCGUCUCCCAUAUGCGCUACAACAACGAUAUUGCCUUUGCUACGGAAAACUGGUCACAGUGGAAACUCGCGGUCAACUGGUUGAUUAGUAAAAUCGACAGGUCUACCGGGCUGGUCACAUUGUUCUUCACCUUCUUCCCGGAUAGCAGUGGCUUAGCAGUCAAUUCUGCUUCCGUGCAGGCUCUGCGGGGAGCUGCCGAGAUCGCCGGAGUGCUCGGUGACACUGCUUCUGCUAGUUCAUGGACCGCCGUAGCUGAUCAGCUCACUGCAACGAUCCAAUCUCAGUUCUGGCAAGCUAACCUGGGCUACUUCAGCGACACACCCCAAAACACAACCAAAAUAUCUGUUCAAGGUCUAGCCUUCGUCGUCACAUCAGGUAUUGCAUCACAGUCGCAAGCAGCGUCCUCUAUAAACGCUCUGACUGCUCUCAAGCUAUCUCCUGGGUACAAAGACACCACCACAGUCUCUUCAGAGGGUGUAGUAAGCAUAUCACCAAACACCAAUGGCUUCCUUCUCGCCGCACUCAUGCAAUCAAAUCGGACAGCGGAGACAAAGUAUCUGUUUGACAAUCUCUGGGCCGCCAUGAUCAACAACGAUACCACCCACAGUGGCGCAUCGUGGGAAUACGUGGAUACAAAUCUGCAACCGGCGCUUUCCCGCUACACCAGUCUUUCACAUCCAUGGGGUGGUGCACCAACAUAUAUUCUUACUGAAUAUGUAGCCGGCAUUAGACCUGUGACUUUCGGGUACAAAACUUGGAUUAUCGCGCCUGCGUAUACAGGCUUCGGUCUCGAUUCAGCUAGUGCACAGGUAAAGACACCGUUUGGACUACUGAGCGUGAAGUGGAGCGUUGCUUUGGGCAAAAUCAAUGCAGUGAUCUAUGCACCAGCUGGCACUUCUGGCACGUUUGUCGUCAAUAGAGCCUUUGCGAACUCGACGAAGGCAAACACUGUGGUGCAAGUCAAGGGUGGAACUUUGCCAAAAGUAGUGUGUUUAGAUCUGUAAAUGGCUACCAUCGUGAUGGACCCUCGACGCACAUCAGGGCAUGUCUGUGAAGGGAGAUUGGAAGGUUGUUCGUAG